CCUGCACCUGCCCGCGCCUCCCCAACACACAUCGAUAUUCUCCUCGCCUGGACGCUACCUCGGGAUAGUGCAAACAUUAUCCUCUAUCCAACUCGGCUGCUCAUGACAUCGCGCGAGCAAUGACGGACUCGACCGCAAGCGCCGCACCACCCAAGAAGCGCAGCCUGUUCAAGCGCGCAGCAUGGCAAGAUGCGCCCAAGAAAGACAGCGAGGACAUGUUUAGUCACUCCAAUGAGUUCAAAGACAUAGUUGCCGAGCAGGCUAGGACAAGGGCAGAGGAGAAAAAGAAAGCUGAAGCGGCGAGAAAGCGCAAACACUCUGAACCGCGCGACCAAAAGCGACGCCGCAUAUCAAACGACAGCGAAGAGCUUGUCCCACCCAAGAACGGCUCGGCCAGCAAGGAACGGGUGGGCAGGACCGCUGCUAAAGCACGCAGCAUCACAUCUGUUUCUCCAGCGCCAUCCCGUCCUCCACCUGAUUCGCUCACAGCACGCUACGACUCCUUGACCAAGUCCGCUUCCUCGAGCAUUUCGUUGCCUCAGAGAGAAUCUCACGUGAUUGACCUGGGCGACUCAGACGAAGACGACGACUCCGGCUACGUCUCCAAGCCUGUCAACGACAACCCUGCCAUUGACUACAAAUCGCCCGCUUCCGACUUCAGACAAGACAUAGCCGUCCGGCCAUCGAAACCGUCUCCUAUAGAGAUCAAAGACGACGACGACGACGACGAUGACGACGAUGAAGACGGAGACCCCGCAUUCGCUGCAUUACGGGCAAGGGCGCGAGCGCGUGUCGCGGCAGCUAAGGCGCAGGCAAAUGGCGACGCUCCCAAGGCGCCUAUAGUACAGCUAUUGAUUGAUCCACAAAUGCCUGAUGCGAAGCCAUUGAUGGUCAAGGUCAGAGUAGACAGUACCAUCGGGAAGCCACGGCUGGCAUGGUGUGGGAAGGAGAAGUUCUCGGAGCAAAUGACACGCAGCGUCUUCUUCACGUGGAAGGGUACACGUCUCUACGACAGCACAUCAAUAAAGCGAUUAGGGAUACAAGUCGACGAUAGCGGAAACGUCUCUGUUCAAGGAGACUCCAACAUAUACGAUGACGUCAAUCUUCCCAAGAUCCAUGUCGAAGCUUGGACAGAAGACGUCUACAAGCAGCGUAAGAAGGAAGAUGCCGCUGCAGCUCUAGCCAAGAAGCUGGCAGCCGAAGCAGCUGUUGUGACGAGAGAAAAGACUCCAACUCCGGAACCGGAGCCCGAACCCGAAGAGAAGCGGUUCCGUCUAGUCCUAAAAGCGAAGGGCUACUCCGAUUUCAAACUGACUGUAAAAGAGAGCACCACCGUUGCACACAUCGCAAGUGCUUACAAGACUCGCCACAAGAUCGAUAAAAACCAGCCAGUCACACUCAUGUUCGACGGUGAUCGAAUGAUGCCCUUGGAUACAGUGGCCGACUACGACGUGGACGAAGAAGAAACGUGUAUGAUUGAAGUCCUCUUGAAAUGAUAGUGCCUCGUUGUCCGGCCCACGCGCACCAUCCUUUCUUACCCGACACUUCUUAAGGUUGGGAUUCCUGCUUACUCUAGCGUUGGUUUUCUGAUACAACUGCAAGCAUGGCGUUGGCGGCGUAUCGCACUUGAUAACAACCCUCUGUUGCGCAUGCAUAGCUCUCAAGUUGGCUUUGCGCAUGUCUUUAUUAAUCUAUGCAGACAUCUCAAAUAUUGGGAUUCUUUCUCCGGUUUGCACCGCCGUCCAAGAUCAACUCCUGUCCACUCAAGAAGCCUGCACCCAUGACGUACUCAACCAUCUCAGCGAGAUCUUCCCCCCUACCCACUCUGCC